ACCCGCAUAGAAAACCAGUUAAUUUGGUUCUUGAACCACACAAUCCUAUUGGCCAGACUGCCAGAGUUUCCGAUGACAUGUGCCAUAUGGCAACUCUAGUCGCAAUACUAUUACGGCACCUGCAACAAAAAACAGAAAUAAUUUAAAAAAUGUUUAAACAAAACCAAUUGCACUGUGUGCCCCGUUUAGUGAGAUGCUUUGCCAGUAAACCUGCAUCCAAACCUCAGAAUGUGACCCUUGCAGCCGUUGGUGAAUCAAUUGCAGCAAAGGGUUUUCUGCGUCCACACAAGCCCUAUGCACCACCUCCCAAUGCUGGGGACAUUGUCCGUUCUCUGGCCUCCACUUUGAAGCUAAGUGGAGACCAACACAAGUUUGGGGAUCUUAAGAAUAAAUUUAAGUUUCUGUCGGCCUGUCAACAAGAAUUUAACCAUUCAGUGCCCAAUUCACAAAUUCAUGAAAUGGAGACCAUAUCCGAUGUUAUAGAAUUUUAUCAGAGAUCUGUGGAUACCACAGUGCCUUUGGAUGCAUUAAAACGCGCAGAUUUACCCGAAAAUUUGCAUAUACAAUACGAAUAUGUGCGUUUCAAUCCCGAAACCGAUACGAAAUUCAAUGGGAAAACCGCUUUCCCAAAGAGCUCCACUUUAGUGACGGGUUUGAAAUAUCGUAAAAAGUACGAUGGACAUGAGGCUAAAAGAUCAUGGCCAUAAGUUUGUUAUUGGCUUAAUUUUUAAUAUUUAAAUCCAAAUAAAUUCUUAAUAAAUGUGUAAAAGUAGAAAACUUAA